UGACGGGAGUUGGGCCCGAGAUGGGCCCGAGCUGGACAUAUAUAUACCGUCUCACCAUGACUCCCAAGGUCCUUGACGAACAGUUCCAGAAUCAAUCUUUGUCUACCUUGUGAGCACGCUAUACAAUCCGGAGUCCAAUCAUCGUCAAGGAAACAUAAGGCUAUACAAGUCCCCAAAAUGGCCCUUCACCUCCACCCUCUUAUCGACAACGGCAUCACCAAGGGUGACCCCAACUUCAACGGUGGAAAGCUGUACUGCCACUGCCCCAGUGACAAAGUCGAAGUGACUCUGGGUGGAAAUGUCGCUCACAACCACGCAUGCGGAUGCUCUAAGUGCUGGAAACCCGAAGGAUCUCUCUUCUCGGUUGUCGGAGUCAUUCCGAAGGAGAAGGUCACUGUGACUGCUCACCCAGAAAAGCUCGAGAUCGUCGACAAGAGCGCCGCCAUCCAGCGAAACCGAUGCAAGAAGUGUGGAGUGCACCUGUUCGGUCGCAUCGAGAUCGACCAUCCCUUUAAGGGUCUCGACUUCGUUCACGUCGAGUUGUCCGACAAGAAGGGCUGGCAGGAGCCUCAAUUUGCUGCCUUCGUUUCCUCUAUCAUCGAGCAGGGCUUCAACCCGGACCGUAUGGGCGAGGUCCGCGGCAAGUUCAAGUCUGUGGGGUUGGAGACAUACGAUACACUGUCGCCGACCCUUAUGGAUCUCAUCGCUGCUUACACUGCUAAGAAGGCGGGGAAGUUGUGAGGGAAAGAUAAUUGGAAGCUUUGCAGGGGCCCUAACCACAACGAUUACGUGGUGACGAUCAUGCAAUGCUUAGCAGGUCUAUUUUCAAAACCUUGGAAUGUAUAUAUCAUUUUAUAACGAACAAUAAAAGUACGAAUGAAUAUGACACAUUAACUGCCGG